AUGCCUGACAACGACACCGAGAGCAUGAGCAUGCGCGACGACGUCUCCAUUGUCGAGAUUGAGCUGCCCGCCAGCGGCGACGUCGAGAUGGAAGGCCUCGCGGCCGCCGGCGAGGAGACGCCGUACGAAAAGGGCCCCGUCGAGGACCCCGAGGCGAGCGUCAUCCAGGAAGACCCCGUCGCCGAGACGCGCCCGAGCUUCAUCGAGUACCUGGCGAGCCCCAUCGUGACGCUGCUGGUCGGCCUGGAGGCGCAGACGGUGCUGACGGCGCACCAGGCGCUGCUGACCAAGAGCCCGUACCUGGAGCAGCUGUGCCAGAGCUUUGUCGAGGACGGAAGCCCGCGAUCCAUUGAGCUCCCCGACGAAGACUACAACGCCAUGGGCAGCUUCCUCGAGUUCCUCUACACGGGCGAGUACUUUCCCCGCAAGGUGCCCGGGCAGCGCGUGCUCGAGCACGAUCCGGCGACGCCGGGCCUCGUCGACGACAAUGGCGACCACCUGCUGCGCCACGCGCGCAUCUACACGCUCGCCGAAAAGUUCGGCAUGGAGCUGCUCAAGAAGCUGGCCUCGUCCAAGAUCCACUGCAUCAACUCGACGGCGCGCGGCGAGCUCGCCUACGCCCGCUACGUCUACGCCCACACCGCCCCCGACGACAAUGCCGUUCGCGCCCCCAUUGCCAGCUUCUGGGCUGCCCGCUCCCACGCCCUCCGCUCCGAGGCCGAGGCCGAGUUCAAGAGCCUGUGCUUGGAGCACCCGCAGUUUGGUUACGACGUGCUGACGCGCGUUUUGGACGACAAACUGAAGAGAGAGCGAAACGAAAAGAUGCAUCCCGCCACGAGUGGCAGCGGCAGCGGCCGCAAGCGCUCGCGACUCAGCGCAAGCACCCAUUAA